CUUCCCUCAACUUUCCUCCUGUCUUUCAACCUCUCCCUUCCUCCCCCCCUCCUCACAUGCCCGCCAUCACAUACAGUUCGGGAUUUCGCAAUCUUAUCUCCCAAGCCUGCAUGUGGAUCCGGAUCACGCACUCUUAGGAAUUCGGAACGUAUGCGAACCGCACCCGUCGGGUUCCGCGGGGAUCUCGAUUCCCUCUCCGAUCUGGUACACACUGACGAAUCCUUGGGCUUAGAAGAAUAGCUUCCUUCUUCUAAGGAGGCUGUGUGCAACGCCUAUAUGCCCCGAAGGCUGUAAGAUUUAUUCUUGCACGUGUAUCUGUAGCGGAGCUCUUCUCGGAGGGAGUCGGGAGCAGAAGCUCCCUAUGAGUCAAUGCCCCUUCCCGUUCUUCGCUGGUGGAUCAAUUGACUACCUUCGGUGAGAUGGAAGCAGGAUGGAAGCCUCGAAACUGCGCGGAAUGUGAAGGUUCUCUCCGUCACAAUGGAAAUUGAUGUGCCUCCGGUUCGUUCCCUUCGUUCCACCGCCUGAAACUUUUGUGUCUCGUCCACCGAGUCGAUGAGGUCAUCAUGUGUUCAGAACCAGAAUCUCCUACAGUUUUUCCUUUUUGUCGAUCCACUCGUUCCUUAUACAACUACAUAACGACUCCUUGGAUCGAAAAGUCAUGUCUGCAGUUUUCCGAUCGUGGUUCUUGACUCUGUAUACUGGGAGAUGGGAUCGGUUCAUGUGAAUAGUUUGGUUCGCUUCGGACGGACAUCUUGGACUUUGCGUUUAGGUACAUACCAGAUCAGACGCUCAAGAUUUGUUCAGUGCAAAAGAUGCCUGGCGACGCAGGCGGACCAUUCGGCUGCAAUUGCUGAAUCUGACAGGGGAAAGGAAAGGGUGGUCAUUCUUGGAUCUGGCUGGGGAGGGUAUACCCUCUCCCGAAAGUUAUCACCAAGCUCGUUCUCGCCUCUUAUUAUCUCUCCUCGUUCAUACUUCGUCUUUACCCCGCUUCUGACGGACGCUGCUGGCGGUUCGCUGGAUUUUUCGCAUAUCGUGGAACCGAUCCGGGAUCCCCGCGCCAAGGUUGAUUUCAUCCAGGCCGCAGCACGGGCCGUCAAUCUAGAAAAGAAGACCGUUCUAUGCGAGUCCACCGUGGUUAAGAGCGGCGUUACAGAGACGCCGCGGACUCAUGAGUAUGAAAGGGAGACCGCCUCGUUGCGGCCGAUGCAAGAGGCGCGCAGAUGGGAAAGGGGGGAUUACUUCGAGGUUCCGUAUGACAAACUGAUCAUAUCCGUUGGCGCAGUCAGCAAAACUUUCAACACCCCCGGCGUGAGGCAUAACGCCAUGUUCUUUAAAGAUAUUGGCGACGCGCGACGGGUGAAGCGUCGCGUCCGAGAAUGUUUCGAGCUAGCGGUGCUCCCGACCACCACCCCAGAGAUGCGUAAAUGGUUGCUGCAUUUCGCUAUUGUCGGUGCUGGACCAACGGGGACUGAAUUAGCGGCUUCUCUCCGUGACUUCAUCUACAAAGAUAUGAUGACACUAUAUCCUGCCCUCAAAGAACUCCCUCGCAUAACGCUCUACGAUGUAGCGCCCAAGGUGCUAUCUAUGUUUGACGAAUCCCUGUCGAAGUGGGCUAUGGAGACUAUGAAGAAAGAAGGCAUCGACAUCAAGACCUCACACCACGUAGAAGGGCUCCGCUGGGGGGUACCAGGCGCCGAGCCUCCGUACGAAAUGGACCCCAAACGAUGCCUAACACUCAAGACAAAAGAAGAAGGCGAAGUAGGAGUCGGCAUGUGUGUCUGGGUAACCGGAAACGCAAUGAACCCACUCGUCAGCAAAGCUCUCCAAGACGUGGAGACAUUCCCCACAGCAUCGACCCUUAUGAAAGACGGCACCAAACCACCCUCUGACCUCGCAAAAGAUUCCUCCUGGCAUAUUAAGAAAGCCCCUAAAGUCGGCGCCCUCCUCGUCGACGGCCAACUUCGCGUCCAACUAGAAAAUGCCGACGGCAAAACCGCCGUCCUCCAAGACGUCUUCGCCCUCGGUGACAACGCCAUGCCGGAAACCGGUGCUCCGCCCGCUACGGCACAGGCGACGACCCAGGAAGCUAAAUGGUUAGCUACUAGGCUAAAUAAGGGGGACAUCCAGAGCUCCCCGCCGUUUUCGUUCCAUAAUAUGGGCACGCUGGCAUAUAUCGGGAAUGCGAAUGCGCUCAUGCAGUUCCCCGCUGAAGAUGAUAAGCCGCCUGAAUAUUUGACCGGGCGCAUGGCGUGGCUUGUGUGGAAUUCGGCGUAUUUGACUAUGAGCAUGAGUUGGAGGAAUAAGUUGCGGGUUGCGUUUCGGUGGCUGUUGAAUAAUGUUUUUGGGAGGGAUGUGUCGAGGUAUUAGUCUCAAGUUCUGGGUUAGGGAUGUGAAUGCAUAGAUAUCUCUUCUUUUUGUUCGAGGUUUUAUUACUGUCACUAGAUGUACAUAUGUGGUGACACGUGAGGCUGGGUUGGACCUUCCUCGUAGGCUGCAUACAUACUCUGAAGUUAUGAUUGCUACGUUCUAUACUGGCUAUUGGAAUACCCUCAACUACAAAAUACAGAAGACAAGAG